AGUUCUUGUUUCUACUUCCGUGGCGCCGUUGUGUGCGUUUUGAUUUCGCAUGCAAGUUGCGUUCCUCGAGUUGUAGCGGUGGUGCGUGCGCGGUGCGACAAACGCCGAUGGCUUAGCGAGCGGAGAUAUUCAGACGACGAGCCGCUUCGCCCGAGCAUCAUGUCCCGCAUCCCAAAGCCGCAGCAGCUGAAAGCCCAGCAACGCAGAUCCAACCCGCAAGCAUGCUUCGAUCUCCAAAAGAAAGAGCCCGCGCUCAGCUUGGAUUUGAUAAAGCUGGCGCGCAGGAGCGGUCAGCUUAACUUGACUGGGAGAGGCAUGAUUGACGUUCCAGACCAGGUUUGGAACAUCAACAACUUGACGGAAGAAGAGAGGCGAGGACUGUCGCUUUGCCUUGAUCAGUGUGAUGGUGACCGGUGGUGGCACCAGGCUGAUUUGACGAAGCUGUAUUUAUCGGCUAAUAAUUUGUCUAGCCUCUCGGCUGACAUUGGGAAGCUUCAAGCCCUCACCAUUCUUGAGCUGAAUGACAAUGCUCUUACUUCGCUGCCAGACACCAUUGGGAGCCUCCAGCAACUCACAAAGCUGAACAUUAGUCGCAACAAGCUUCAGCAGCUGCCAGAUUCAUUCUAUCAGCUGAAGGAGCUAAGGCAGCUGAUCGCCCAUCAUAAUGAUAUCGUAGAGCUUAGUGACGAUGUGGGUAACCUCUCUCUUCUGGAGCUAAUGGACCUGAGCCAUAACAAGCUGACCUCAUUACCGGCCACGAUAGGGUUUCUUUCUCGAGCAACCAAUGUAAAUCUGUCAUACAACUGUCUUGCUGAGCUUCCUCCUGAAGUUGGCAGCAUGAAUGCUUUGCAAAUCCUGGAUGUGUCAUCCAACCGACUAAGGAGCUUACCAGAGCCCAUCGGUUCACUCUGCCAUUUGGAGCAGCUGUUUGCACAACAGAAUGAUCUCACAGUACUGCCACCUUUUUCAGGUUGUGCGCGGCUCAAGGAGCUUCAUGUUGGCAACAAUGCCAUUGAGGAACUUCCCAUUGAGGUAAUAGAGACGUUGCUGGGUCUGAAGACGCUGGACCUGAAGUCCAACAAGCUCUCAACCUUGUCGCCAGACAUCACCAUGAUCCAGGGCCUGGAGCGGCUCGACUUGUCCAACAACAACCUCGCCUCACUACCCUACGAACUGGGAACCCUUGUUCACCUCAAGGGUCUCGGUGUGGAGGGGAAUCCCCUCAGGGCCAUCCGCAGGGACAUCGUCAAGAGAGGUACAGUGCACCUGCUGAAGUGGCUGCAAGAUCGGCUGGGCGAAUCACCAGAGGGUGCUGCCCACAAGCGGCUCUCCGGAGGGGCGGGCCUCAACGAUGGCUCUGAUCUGAUCGAGUCCAUUGAGAAGUUUGCCCUCAAGACGACCCAUGCACUGGAACUAAGCAAGCGAUCCCUGCAUGAUGUCCCCGAGGAGAUUUUCAAGAUGGCGGCUGAAUGCGAUGCCAACACGAUCGACCUCAGCAAGAACGCCCUUGAAUCUGUUCCAAAAGGACUUGAAGCUGCCUGUCCUGUCAUGACAGAGCUGAACCUGAGUUUUAACAAGAUAACAGCGCUGCCGGGCUUUUUGUGCCUCGCUACGCGGCUUACAUUCCUGGAUUUGAGGAACAACCAGCUAAGUGACCUUCCUGGGGAGAUGUCGGUCCUCUCCCAUGUAAGGGAGGUCAACCUGUCAUUCAACAGGUUCUCACGCCUUCCUGAAGUUUUGACCAGCUGGGAGUCAUUGGAGAUAUUGUUUGCAUCGGACAACAAAAUUGAGGAGCUGGACAUGACGCAGCUGCAGAAGUUGAAGCAGAUUGCCGUGCUUGAUCUCAGAAACAACAGCAUCCUGCAGGUUCCACCCGAACUAGGCAACAUGCGGCAGCUUCGAAAUCUACAGCUGGAAGGGAACCCAUUCCGUAAUCCACGGCCCGCCAUUCUUUCCAAGGGCACCCCAGCACUGCUGGAAUUCCUCAGAGACCGUAUCCCUCGAUGAACAGCUCACCCUUUUCCCCAGAGAUGUGCUAUAUUUCACAUAUUUAUGAUCUUUUUGCACCUUGUCACUUUGAAAGUUUUGCCUCUUCCCUGUGCCAUGCUGCCAGAAAUUGUCAUGUUUUUUUGUUCUCGCUCACAGCAAACUUUCUUUGCUACACUUGGCUCUCGAUGUAAUGAGGACAUUGUAAUGAGGAAAAAUUUUGUUCCUUAUAUCCAAUAUUUGUUUACAGUCAACAACGAAUUUUGUGGACACCCAAUUUUUCAGACAUGCCGGGUAA